UCUGGGGCAAAUUCGAACUUAGGUUGAACCCAAUCUUCAUUUAACCUAGAUCUAGUCUAUGAAAAUUUCACAAAAUGUCUUUACCAGGAAAAAAUAAACCAGAAACAAAGGAAAAAAAUCAGAAUAUAAAUGUGGCCGUUAGAUGUCGACCAAUAAACAGCCUUGAGAAAAAGCAAGGAAGCUGCUCAGUCUUAAGCUGUGAUCGAGUCAAGAAAGAAGUUACAGUGAAAGAAAGGACAGGAGUCCAUCCGUUUACUAAAACAUACAAUUUUGACCAUGUUUUCCCUCCAGACUCUGAACAAAUUGAUGUUUACAAGUCUGUUGUUAUGCCAGUGGUUGAAGAAGUACUUGCAGGCUACAAUUGUACAAUAUUUGCCUAUGGACAGACUGGAACUGGUAAAACUUUUACAAUGGAGGGAGAGAGAACAGAGGGAUUAAAUUCUACAUGGGAAGAUGACCCUUUAACAGGAAUUAUUCCUAGAGCCUUGCAUCAGAUAUUUGAUGCUUUACAAAAUCAGAAUGACAUUGAAUUCUCUGUUCGAGUUUCAUUCUUGGAACUGUAUAACGAGGAACUGUUUGAUCUACUUGGCUCCACUAUAGAUCCACUAAGAUUGCGUAUUUAUGAAGACAAUACUAAAAAAGGUUCCGUGAUUAUAUCAGGUCUAGAAGAGGUAGUUGUGAGAAAUAAAGAUGAAGUUUAUGAAAUAUUAGAAAGAGGUACUGCUAAAAGAUCCACAGCCGCAACUCUGAUGAAUGCUGUCUCAAGUCGUUCCCAUUCAGUGUUUUCUGUCACUAUUCAUAUAAAAGAAAAUACCAUUGAUGGUGAAGAACUGUUAAAGACUGGUAAACUUUACUUGGUUGAUCUUGCUGGCUCAGAGAACAUAGCACGAUCUGGAGCUGUGGACAAAAGAGCUCGGGAAGCAGGAAAUAUUAAUCAAUCACUUCUGACACUAGGCAGAGUCAUAACUGCUUUGGUUGAACAUGCUCCUCAUGUUCCUUACAGGGAGAGCAAGCUCACAAGACUUUUGCAAGAUUCUUUAGGUGGACGUACUAAGACAUCAAUAAUUGCCACCAUUUCUCCAGCUUCAUCCAAUUUGGAGGAAACUUUAAGUACUCUUGACUAUGCAUUUAGAGCAAAGAACAUCACAAACAGGCCAGAGAUUAACCAGAAAUUAACCAAAAAAGCAUUAUUAAGGGAAUAUAAUGAAGAAAUUGAAAGAUUGCGAAGAGAUCUUCAAGCCUGUAGGGAGAAAAAUGGAAUCUAUGUUGCUGAAGAAAAUUACAUUGCAAUGCAUAAUAAGAUAAGUCAACAGGAAGAAAUGAUUCAGGAAUUGGAAGACAAUAUUGAAUGUUUAAAAACAGAAAUGAAAAAUCUUUCAGAUCUGUUCAGUGAAACUAAAGAAGAACUUAAAAUCACCUCAGAUAACUUAGCUGAAACAGCUCAGAAUCUUUUUGUAACAUCAGAAACUUUAAAGAUCACAACCAAUGAGCUCAAAGUAACUAAAGAUGACAGAGAUGAACACAAAUUCCUAAUGCAAGAGCAUGCCAAGACUGAAGAACUCCUAUAUUCUCAGGCUGAAGAUUUGUUAAAAACUGCUCAGUCCUCCAUUUCGGAUGUGGGGGGUCUUCAUGCCAAAAUUGACAGAAAGAAAGCAGUAGAGCAGCAUAAUGAACAGGAAGCUUCUGACUUUAAUGGGGACCUGCAGAAAAUGCUUCAGACAAUUCAAGAUAUGAUUCAAAAAGUACAUGAUGAAGCUGAUGACAUCAAUGAAAAAGCAUGCAAACAAAUAGAUGAGCUUGUUCAGCAGCAUAAAAAGGAGAUUACCACAACCAAACAGAAUAUAAAGAAUUUCCUUGACUUGAUGGAGAAAGAUUUGCAAGAAACUCUUAAUAGGCAUAACAUCUUUAGUACCAGUAGGAGUGAAUGGGGGAGCAUGUCUUUGAAAAAAUGUGCUGAGAUGCAGGAAGCUGCUAAGAAAAUUUGUCUUAAAAUGCAAUGUGAGGUUUCUGAAUCACUUAAGUCACAGAAAAAAGAUUACGUUGAGCAAAGCCAGCUUUUAUCUGAGUCUUGCAAACUUAUUUGGCAGCAGAAAGAAGCAAUGUAUUUAACUUUGAACAAGUGCCACACCGACAUUAUUGCCCAGAUGUCAAAAGUUAUUGUGAAGAGUAGUAGCCAUUUGUCAGAACUCAAUAAUCAGAAUGCUGAAUUAAAAGAAUACUUGAAAAAUGCAGAAGCUAAAGAGUUAGAUUUGGAACAGAAAAUUACAGAGAUGUUUUCUGCGAGAAGGCAACAAUAUAAUGAAUUGCUUGGAAAGACACAAGCACAUCUUGAUAAGCAUCAGAACUCUAAUUCUGCUUUUGUUUUGGAUUUGAAAAAUGAAGAAAGCAAAAUGACUCAACUACUGGAAGAGCAUGUGGAGUCUAUAAAAGAACAAAUGGACACAUGUGUGCACAAAGCAUCAGCUUCCAUGGAAAAGACAACACAGAUGAUAAAUAGUAGGGAUGAAUUAUUUCCUCAAACAAUAAAUAAAAUAGCUGGUGCUGUUGAACAAAAUAAUAAGCAUUUACAGGAAGGAUAUGAGAUGGUAGAAGAAAGCAUGAAGACAUUGCAUGAAAUUUCAGAAACUUUUAAAACUGAACAAACACAGACAAUAAAGCAUAUUCUAGAUGUAAAUUAUGACCAUUCCAAGACCGUCAACACAUACUUAGAUGAAGAAAGCAUUCAAUUCUUAGCAAACACAGCUAAUGCAUUAAAUCUACAUGGAGCUUUGUCAUCCACUCUGAAUAAUGGACUGCAGAAACCACAUGAAGAGCUAGCAACAACAGUUUGCAAAGUUGAUGACUUUUUCACUAAAAGGCUAAGGAAAGAUAUUCCUACAGGAAUGACCCCACAAAGAUGUGAAUUUAAAUACCCACAAAACUUGGUGAAAACUGAUAAUCAUGAGAUCCUACUGGAAAAUUAUCGAAGCAACAAACAUUCUAAUGACCCAAUAGUAAUGAACUUAGAGCAGCAAUUGGAAACAGCUGUUGAUGACUUACUGCCUGACUCAUCAGAGGAUAUCUAUCGAUCUGUUAGUGUUGGCAAUUUGAGCAAUGCAGGAAGUGAGAAGUCUUGUGUAUCAGCAGUUAGUACAUCAGGAGUCUCUACUGCUAGUGUUAAAAGCAAAAUGUCAGACUUUGACUCAGUCAAAGAAAAUAAACCCCGGACGAGGAAGCCAACGCAACCAAAUUCAAAAGUGACUUUUAAGGCUUCUUCAAAAACACCAUCUAAACUGAAAACGCCAAGUAAAACUACUGCUCAGCCACAAGCUACCAAUGGUGGAAAUGUCAGAACCAAACUUCCUCUGAGAUCAAAUAAUCAGGCUUCAUGAUUUGUGUUGCAUUUUUAUUAUUUUUUUAAUGUCACUAAAUUAAAAUAUUCAGAUAUUACAUGUACUAUGUCAACAUAUAAUUAGCAAAACACUUUUUUUUUUUAAUUUGAUCUCUCCAAAGUAAUAGAUUGUAGUGUUUGUAUGUGUUUUGUUUUUUAAGAAAGUGGUUUAAAAAAAGAUAAUGCAUAUUUGUGUUCUUUUUUAAUGCUUUUAUUUAUAUAUGUCCAAGCACACUAGAAUUACUCAUGUCUUAUAAUUGCUAUUGGUAUAGAACUGUAUAUAGUUAUGACAAGAAUAAAUAUAAUCUAAGUGUUGUUUAAAUGAACAAAUAAAGAAAAUGUGUGUAUGGUGUAUGGCUGUAAUAUGAAGAUGUAAUGUAAACAAACAGUUUGAUUGGGGCAAUUAUGAACAUUUAUGUUUUUGCAUGUGUGUCACUUCUAUAAAUGUCUUAUUUAUUCCUUGGGUUAUUGGUUUUUUUUUAUCCAGAUAAAAAAAUUUAUAUGUUCAAAAAUUUUUUAAAGUAUUGGUAUUGGAAAAUUAAAUAUUUGAGAAUAAAAACAUUUGUCUUAAUAAUUUUUCACAAAAAUCUCUUAAAUGUUAAAAUUUCAUGUGAAACUUUCAAGGAGUUUGAGGCAUAUCUUCAUCCAUUCUCCUUUGACAAGCUUUUUUUUUUAGUCAAGUUCAAAAAUUUUUAAAAGUUUCCUUACAGGUAUUAGUGAGUUUUUUUUUUUUUUAGCAUUUGAUUUAUUGGUCAAGUUGAUAUAUCCUUACCAUAUUUUGUAUAAACAAAAAAAAAAAAGUUAUGAUUAAGACUUGUAGUCUGAACCACAUAGUAUUAUGUGUAGAAGAAAACAACAAAUUUACUAAUAUAUAGUAUUUUAGUACUGUAACCAAAUAUAUUUAUUCUUAAAUUCAUGUGUAGAAAUAUUAAGUAAGAUUUAAUAAUAGUACCAGCAUUUAUUUAUUUUUAAAUAAAUACAGAAUCAGAUUAAUUAGUAUUUGUAUGGUAGAAUAUAGAAUGUGUGUAAUUAAUGGUAUAUUAUAAUUAUUGACUUGAAAACAAAAUCAACUUUUGUUCUGAAAACUUAAAAGUGCCUUUUAAUUUUAUUACAUACUCACCAGGGGAUGUAUAGAAUGACAGCACUGCUUUUUUUAUGUGUAAACUCUCUCAUCCAUCAAUAUUUUAUCCAUAUUUUUUGUUCAAUGGAAAAGUUCAUUAUCUUUGUUGCAUGUUGUAAAUAUCUUUGUACAAACCUAAUAAUAAUAAAAAGACCACUUCUAAAAUAAAUAUCACUCACUCUUUCUACUUUAAAGUUACUAAUUUAAAUAUAUGUAAAUAUCGUUUUGUACAAUUAUAUCAUAUACAAAGACUACUUUUUAAAAUAGAUACCAAUUUCAUGUUCUGGUUGUUAAAUUUCAAUUUAAUUUCAACCAGUGUGCGUUAUAGCAAUACAUUAGCUAUCUUUCUGGAAAUAAUUUUUUUGUUACUAUUUUCAGUCAUUGUUUUAUGUUUUGAAAAAAUUGAAAUUUUAAUCUUUUUUUUUUUUAAAUAAAGUAGUCUAAUACAAUUAAAUAAUAAAUAAACAUGUUUAAAGGGA